GACCGACCGCAGCGAUCUCGGUUCAAGCGCUGUGCCUGGGAAGGAGGACGCCGGGGAAGGGGGAAAUGAGAUCUCGGAUCGAGGACUAAAGCCGAAGGGCACAGCAGCCCCGUCCCCCCUUCCCCGGCGGACCCACCGACAUCCUCCCUGGAUUGCGCAGAAAAUAGAUUCGCUCGGUUUUCUACUCGUCUCACAUCCCUGAUAAAGAAGUCGACUCCGAUUUGGAUUUACAUUUCUUGUCCCUGGUAUUUCGGCUUGCUUGCCUCUAUCGUUCGGCUCACCUUUCCCUGUCGUUAUCCUGGUCUGAAUUGGGUAGCGCUCUUCUUUUAAGCAACCUGACAUAGGACGCGUUAUUGUUUUCUGCCUGCAUUCUUUUAAUGUGGUUUUACACGGAAUUUAGCUUUACGCAUCCAGAUUGCAUAGAAGUUUCUGCGCAAAGCUUCAAGGAGCAGCUCUCUGAAUUGCACACAAAUUCCUGGCCUGAUCCGAUUAGCACAUUACACUCUGGUAUUUAACAUUGCACCGUGGCCUCCAGCUUUGUUUGCACACUGGAUUGCACAACCGUUGGUUCACUAAUUUCCAUAACACACUGCUUACCUCUUUUUGAUUGGCUUUGUAAAGCAGCACCUGCACUGGUCUGGAUUGCAUAUUGUUUGACUGCACAAAUCCGGAUUAGCACAGCAGCUCUUGCAGCUAGCUGCUGAGAGUGUUUGAGCACUACAGAGCUAUAAAGAUGUUGCCAGGAUCUAUCCAGAUCUCUGGGGAGACCUUAUCAAGUGCCGAGAUUCGGGAUAUCUGUGAGAGCCUGCGGGAGAACUCCAUCAAACUGCUUUCACUCCGGGGCUGUCACCUUUCCGACCGAGAUUUCGGUCGUAUCUGCAGGGGCGUAGCAGAGUCUCACUCCUUGGCUCAACUUAAUCUUAACUUGGGGAUUGUCGCCAAUAUCAAUCGGGUCAAGCAAUUGGCUGAAGCCCUGAAGACCAACCGCUCUGUCCAGUCUUUGUUCCUCCAUGGAAGUCCCCUGGCAGAUGCUGGCCUGGCUCUUCUCAACCCAGCACUCUCCAUCCAUCCAUCCCUAGUGGCCUUGGAUUUAGGGGAUUGUAUGCUGGGUGAUGAAGGAAUCAACUUGAUCUGUGGGCUUCUCCCUCCUGAUGGGGCCAAGUCAGGUUUGAAGGAGCUGACUCUCAGCGCUAACCCUGGCAUCACAGCCAAAGGAUGGGGACGCUUGGCUAUUGCGGUGGCUCACAGUUCCCAGGUGCGAGUGUUGAACUUGGACUACAACCCUCUGGGUGACCAGAUAGCAGGAAUGCUGGCAGUUUCUGUGGCAUCCAGCCGCACCUUAGAAGUUUUGGACUUGGAAGGAACAGGACUUACCAACCAGUCAGCCUUGAUCCUGCUGGACAUGGUGGAAAACUACCCAACAGCUUUACGGACACUGAUUCUGGCAGAGAACAACAUCAGCCCUGAACUCCAGCAGCAGAUCUCUGACCUUCUUUCUGAGGGUGAGGAAGAAGAGGAGAUUGAGACUCGUGGAGUUAUGGCCAGAGAGAAGAACUCCUGGAUCUGCCAGAGCAAUUCUAGUUCCCAGAUGGUCUUGGUAACAUCAGGCCUUGGAGAAAGUCUAUUAGCAGAAACAGAGAUGUAAACACGAAACUCCAGUUGUCCUUGAUGAGAAAAACGUUUCUAUGUAUUUGGGAAGAGUGUGUGUUUAUAGAAAUGCACAUUCACACACUUCAUGUGUGAAUGUGUAUUGUGCUUGUGUGUUUGCAAGUGAGUGUAUGCACUAGGCAAACAAAGAUAUGGAAACUCAUAUGCCCAUGUGCAGUUGCCUGCCCUGCCCUGACAGCAGGUCCACACACUGUGUCUUACUGAAGUCACCUUUUAGCUCCACAUUGAGACUUGGCCCAAAUUAAUCUGUCUAUGUCACACGACCUGUCAGUUGCUUGUGAUUGUCCAGUUGCUGUAUUUUUAGGUAUCACUACCCAUUCUCAACUGAUCUUUGGGGGAGGCUGUAUUUAUUCAGAUGUGUAUAUUUAUGUAUAACAGAUUCUUUUUAUUGCUUGUAUCUAUGUCUUGAGUAGGAUUUUAUAAA